GUCGCUGGUGACGUUCGCCGUCCGUUUCGUAUGACCGUCAGGCGCCGGUCCUACCCUCGCCACCAGCUCGCUGCCUCUGACUUGUUCCGACAUUUCGCGUCCACGCAAACGCCGCGUUCCCUCGCGCUUGAAGCAUUCACGGACCCGCAACUUCCGGAAGCUCACCGCGCUCUCGUUCUAGCUUUCUGCGCGUACUCGAGGUCGGACCCGCAGAUGUUAUCUUACAGGCCACGAUAUCCCCGCUGGAUAACAUACACGCUGCAAUGCUCUGUCACGGCGUCGCCGCCUAUACCACCGUCAAAUCCCGUCUCAGCUUCGGCGCCCCGAUGUUGCUGACGGCGUCGAACGGUUUGCAGCGCACAAGCGUCUAUUGUCCCCGCACAUAGUAGGACUCCGCGAUUACCCGUUCGUCCCGAAUUGUUCCUCUCUAGGAUUGAAGCAGCGUGAUUGGUUCAUAUCCAUUUGCCUUGCAGCGACCUUCAAGUCUCCCCGAGUCGGGUGCAUACGGCCUCUAACGUUUUGAAGAAAGGACUGAAAUAGAUUGCCUGGAGCAUGAAUAAAUGCAGACUGAAUGAUCUUCCGUUGGGCCUUGGAGACAUGAAUCAGAAUUCGGAAUUGUUUAGUAUCCUUGACAAGAAAAUGAAAAGACCAGAGUACCAUGCAUGAUCUCAUGGGCACAU